AUGGCGCGCAAGAAGAAGCAAGUUGCAUUUGCAGAAAACGGCGAAGCAGGAAGCGCUGAUGGUGCUGGUUCAACACCAAACGCGGGAGUCGAUGGCAAUCAUGACGAGGAGCUGAGUUCACCCCGAGUUGUUGCAGGAGCCACAUCACCGCGAGUUGGAGAGGAGACCACACAAGCACGGCUAGAUUUGAUAGAGCUCAGUGCGCGAGAGCUGUAUGAAGUCCAGAGCAUGUUGAGGGAGAUUGUAAGCUACUGGCGGAUAGGAAAUCUGGCUCGUGAAGAAACGCUGGUGCCACAUCUAGUACAAGGAAAAGCGAAGUCGUCAGAAUAUGGAGGUGGACGAGCUAGUCGUGAGCAGACCUCUACUGGUGCAGGUGCUGGCGAGCAAGCAGAUGACAAGAACAACGCUGCUGGUGAAAACCUCGGUUUCAACACUUCUACCGCUCGUCCUGUCAUUCUGUCCUCCAAAAAACCGCAUCUAGAACACACGCGGAUGUCCUACGCUAGGCUGCUAACGAGAUACCUGCACUUCUUGAGCAAGAUCACGGCUACGGACGUCGGCUUUUUGCACAUGCUCGAAGAUCUGCUAGAUUUUGGCAAGCGCAUUCCCCACGUUCGCGUCCUAAAGAUGUGGUCGGAGCUGAAAUCGCAGUUCCCUGACGCUCAUUUGGAGGAGUGGGAGGUUUUGCGGCAGUGGAUGGGCAGGUUGGGAACGCAAGCUAGCGGGUCUCAAAUGCAAACACUGGCUCCAAUGAUUCGACUGGUCUCAAGGGUUAUUGAAACCCGUGAAGGCCAAGUAGCUUUGCAAGACGUCUUCUUUCAAGGCGGAAACACGGUAGAGCAGAACGCUUUGUUUGGAGGUAACGGAAAUGCUGGUGCUACUAGUGCGCCUGCAAUCGCUAAUGCUCCAUACAAUGCUGGUGCUGUGCCGCCACAAAGUGCGCCAGUCGUUACUUUUGCCGGAAUAGAUCAGAUGCAGAGCAAGCCCAAUUUGUACCCUCAACAGCGAUCGGCGGGAGGCCGCGCGUUAGAGCAAGGAGGUAGCAAAACUACAAAACCCUUGAGUUUGUACGAACAAGCUCAACAACGAAAGAGCAAUGAGCAGCAACUAGUUGAUGAUGUAGGACGUCAACAGCCACAAGAUGAAUAUCGCGGUUACAUCCGUAGUCGACAAGGCUCAUCCCAACAGUCAGCAAGAAAUAAGAGAACUACUGCAUCAUCGUGUCCAACAACGACUAAGAUAGAAGAGGAGAAAGAAGUAGAAGGCGUGGAGGAUGUCGUCGAACCAGCAGUCGCAGUUACAGGAGGUACUACAGGAGCGCCUCGUACAACAGCAACAGCACCACAAGCACAGCAAACGAGAACAGCCCCUUCCGCAAAGGGAGCUGGUCGUGGUGGCAAUGCUGGUGGAGCUGCGCAGCAGGUUCCUCCUGCAACAGCACCAGCGGGUCCCAACAACGCGGCUGCGGGUGCUCGAGGGGCGCAGUUUUUAUCUACCUCUCCUCAGAGACGAGGGGGUCCGAAAGGGAUCCACACUACACGAGGUGGUGCCGCGAAGCCACCUGCUUCUGGCAACAUGAAUGGAGGUUUCGGAACCGGUGUUGUUCUCAUCGAAAACAAAACGCAAAAAAAUAAGGCAGCAGCCCAUAUCAAUCGCCAAGCAGAUCCGCGCGGUCGUCCAGCACCAUCUUCACUAACCAGAUUGCCAGCGGAGAGCCACGAUGUCAGUUCCAUACAGGCAGGUGGUAAUGGCAUCGCGGGAGAAGAGCAGCCUUCUAGAGGUGGACCAAGAGGCGCAUUCCAUACGCGGAGUAGCAGCAAGCAGGCGCCAUCACCAAGCAAAACUUCGCCUAGUAAGGUAGCAGCAUCGGCUGCGAGUAGGGCUGCUAGCCCAGGUAAACACCAACCUCAUGAUGUUGUAGCUACUUUGGACGAGGCGCCCCCACAACUUCUACAGCGAGACACGGAAAUCAUAACCGUGGGAGACUUGCAACGACAACAAGGUGAUGUCGUCGACGACGAAAUCAUCGAAGACCAUCCAUCGCGGCAAGCGAAGAACAAGCAAGUCGCCAUCGGCGACGAUCUCACUAAGGAUGAACUAGAAGAUCUUACUCUUUCUCGCGAACUACAUCCAGCAUAUCCUGUUGGAGAUGUACAACCUGUUGUUGGAGGAGGUGAUGGAACCACAGGUUAUACAAUUAAAGAUCAACAUGAAGAUGAAGUAGAGGAAGAACCUGCUUCCUCGCCAGACGUCGAUACUUCUCGUCCACCGCUUACUGCAAGACAAGCAGCGGGUCCGCCAUUGACACGCGAGAAUAGCAAGAAAGCCGAUUCCUCCGAAAUCUCUGUUUCCUCCGCUUCCUCCGUGUCCUCCCAGUACCGCGUCCGCCAAUCCCCUAUGGUGUUACUCGCGGAACCAGGUCAAGAGCCAAGGUUUAUCCACCCACAUCCAGGUGCUAGAGAUGCGAAGAGUACUCGUCGACAGGUGAUCACGUCGAAAAUCAAAGUAGACAAGCGAAUGGAGUAUGAGGAUAUCAAGACAACCGAAGAAGAUGGAGGUGUGGCACAACAUAUUGAGCCUCGGUUCACCCCAGCAGUGAUGACUGAGAGCGAUAAGAGGAGACAAGAUAAGAGACAAGCAAAACUACAGGCUAGGGGAGAUAAGAUAGGUAGAGAGAGCAACAAGAAGGGUGGCGGUGGAGGUCAUCAUGGAGGUCAUACUAGUCCGAAGAGUGCGAAUGGUAAGAACAAAACAAACAUAGAAGGCGACCAUCAAUUCCACCAGUCUUCUCGAGGCUCUACACCGACAAUUACGGAGGAAGGCGAAGUGGAGGAACCUGCCGUUUUGAGCUCUUCACCGAUGAAGACGUCGGGUGGUGAGCUCCUUGGUUUCAUUCGACGCAAAAAGCCGCCAGGGAAUAAGCUGGCGCCUUUGAGGAAGUGA